AUGGCGAACCAGGGCUAUGAUGUGGUAGUGGACGUUGACGCCGAGGGCGAUCUCGGCCAUACCGACCUCCAAGAAGACCUCGAAUUCCACCGUUCCAACUUCGAAAACGACCAACGCAACGCCAAAGCCCAACAAGACUCGGCCCCCUUCCUCGGCGGCGGUUCAUCGCGCGGCCGUGACCGAUCCCCCGGCGGUACCCCCUCCAAGCUCAACUGGUGGUCAAUCCACUACUACUCGCAAUUCUUCGACGUCGACACGAACGAAGUCCUCCGCCGCUGCGUCGCAGCCAUCUACCCGCGCAGCAACUUCCUCGACGUCCUGGAAGGAAACCCGGACCUCUACGGACCCUUCUGGAUCGCAACCACCGUCGUCGUCAUCCUCUUCCUAACCGGUACCAUCUCGCAAUGGCUCUCCAACAAUGACGACGAGCACUUCGAAUACGAUUUCACUUUGCUAUCCGGCGCCGCAGGCUUGGUUUACGGAUACACGGGCAUCAUCCCCAUUGCGCUGUGGGGUGCGCUGAAGUGGUUCGGCAGCUCCAGCGCGGACUUAGUCGAGUCGUGGGCGCUCUAUGGAUACUCGAACCUGAUUUGGAUUGCGGUCGCACUGGUUAGCUGGAGUCCUUUGACGGCGUUGAAUUGGGCUCUGGUGGGUGUUGGCUUCGGGUGGACGGUCUUCUUCCUCCUGCGCAAUCUGUACCCGGUCCUUAGUGCUACGGAUGCGAAGGCUAGCAAGAUCUUGCUGAUUCUGGUCAUUGUCCUGCAUGCUGGGUUUGCGUUGGCGAUUAAGAUCUUGUUCUUUGCACAUGGAAGUCCCGUUUCGAAGAAGAACAAGGACCACGAUGACGACGAUGACCACGACGACGACAAGCGACGGAUGUUUGGUGGCUGGUAG